UUUAAACAGCCUUACGCCGAUAUGCAUUCUUCAGUUUCUGGUGCAUUACACGCGCAACAAGAAACCAACACCCACUCGGUUAACGUCAUUAAUAACGCAGUGUGAGAUGGACGAGUCGUCACUGUUGGAUCUAUUGGAGUGUUCAGUGUGUUUGGAGCGGCUGGACACUACAGCUAAAGUCCUGCCUUGCCAACACACCUUCUGUCGCCGCUGCUUGGAGAACAUAGUCAGCUCCAGGAACGAACUGAGAUGCCCAGAAUGUCGUAUCCUAGUCGGCUGUGAGGUGGAUGAUCUUCCCGCGAAUAUCUUGCUGGUCCGCCUGCUGGACGGGAUCAAACAGCGGCCACGGAAUGGAGGUAGUACCAGGCAGUCCCUGGUGGGAGGCGGGCGGUCGCUGGGCUGUGCAGCCGGGAUCAGUGCCUCUCCCCCGGGCAGUGGGAUCAGGGACCUGCCGGUGGCCACACGAAGCCCCCCGGUCAAGAGUUUACCUAAUCUAACCCUAACCCUGCCCUGUGGGAAGGCUCUCUAUUCCUACGAGGGGAAGGAACCUGGAGACCUGCCGUUUGCAAAAGGGGACAUAAUCAUCCUGCGACGUAAAGUUGACGACAACUGGUACCAUGGGGAGCUGAACAGUUGUCAUGGUUUCCUGCCAGCUAGUUACAUCGCGUUGUUACGGCCGCUGAGCCAAACUCCGCCCACAGGAAAGGCAUUGUACGACUUUGAGGUCAAAGACAAAGAUCAGGACAAAGACUGUCUGGCCUUCUUGAAGGAUGAGGUUCUGACGGUGAUCAGACGAGUGGAUGACAACUGGGCAGAGGGCAUGCUGGGAGAUAAGAUCGGGAUCUUCCCCAUCCUCUAUGUAGAGCUAAAUGAAACAGCCAAACAGUUGAUGGAGAUUGACAAGCCGACAUCCAAUCCCAUCCCUGGCCCCAGCUUUGACCCGUCUCCCGGCCUCCCAUUGGGUCCCUGCUCCCCUGGCCCCUCCCCUGACCCAUCCUCUGCAGGAAGUGGCAAUGGUGCCCUCCAGAGGCAAGAGGAGGAGAGAAGAGGAGGAGAGGGGAAGAAAAACGCUAAGAAGCGCCACUCGUUCACAGCUAUGAGUGUGACGCAGCGGACAGCCCAGCUCAACAACAGACACAGCAUGGAGAUCUCCCACCCUGUCCUCAUCAGCUCCUCUGACCCCAGGGCUGCUGCACGAAUACAGGACUCUCCCCCUGGUCCCGCUCCCUCCUCAGUAGGAGUUCUGGUUCCUCCCAGAAUGGCUUCAGUCACCUCAGAACUGCUGGCUCAAACCAAGGUCCAACUACCACUCAACAUCUACCUGGCCCUGUAUGCGUAUAAGUCCCAGAAGGCAGAUGAGUUGGAGCUGAGGAAAGGAGAGAUGUACCGCGUCACAGAGAAGUGUCAGGACGGGUGGUUUAAAGGAACCUCUCUACGCACCGCUGCUUCAGGUGUCUUCCCUGGAAACUACGUCACACCCGUAUCCAGAGCUCCGUUUGCGGUGGGUGGUUCCCAGAGUUCCUGUCUCUCGGGGCAGGAGGUGGGAGGGGUGGGACAGGGGAGUAAGGCAGCCUCCCCCUCCUCCGCCGGCCCCUCUUCCUCUCGUCCCUCCCCUCCUCCCUCUUCCCCCCAGUCUGCCGCUGCUCAGCUGAAGAACUGCCUUCGCUUUGGACAACAAACAGUUAACCAGACCCGCUCUGCCAUGCAACUGGUCCACAGCCCGCCCUCCAGCAGCCCAGAGCGUCCCACAACCACCGUCUCUCCUCUCCGACCUCAGAGAUCCUCCCCGUCGCGCUCCGCUGGCCAAUCUGCUCGCCCAAUUGCCGCCCUGCUCAACGGAGAAUCAACCAAUCCCUUCCAACCGUCCUCGCCUGGCCCCUCCCACAGCAACGCCCCAAAACCAGAGAAGAAGGAGAAGAAAGGAGGUCUGCUAAAGCUUCUCUCUGGAGCCGCGGCCAAGAAAAAGGCAUCUCAUUCUCCCCCGUCCUCCCCACCAACCCUCCCCCUGUCGGGUGCCGUCCUCCCACAUCACACCCGCUCUGGCUCCUGUCCAAUGGAUGCCCAGGGGCGUGCCGGGUCUUGUCCAAUCGAGAGUGAGAUGGCGGGGGCAAUGGGGUUAGAGCUGCUGAACAGGAAGUCAGGAUCCCUCGAUCUCAACUUCCCCCGGUCGCCCCCGAUGACCCGCCCCGGGAUCGCACUGCUAGCUCUCCGGCCUGAACCCAAACCACUGUCCAGAGAGAGGUAUCGUGUGGUGGUGCCCUACCCCCCUCAGAGUGAGGCGGAGAUCGAGCUGAGACAGGGAGACGUGGUGUUUGUUCAUAAGAAGAGAGAAGAUGGCUGGUACAAAGGAACUCUGCAGAGGACCGGACGUACUGGGCUCUUCCCUGGCAGCUUCGUAGAGAUCUUCUGA